CCCAAAGAUCCAGCAAUGGAUAUGAAUACAUUGUCUGCAAAGAGAGAGUUGUUCUUUCGUCAGGAUGGGCAACCAGUUUCUACUAGUAUUACAUCUAAUACAACUACAACAACUACAAGCACAACGAAUUCGGUGACGUUAAAAGAAUCUAUAUUCAAUAAAGAAAAAGAAAUUGUAAAAGACAUGUCACAUUCAAAGGAAUCAGAUGGUUAUGUUGGUUUUGCCAAUCUCCCAAAUCAAGUCUAUCGUAAAGCAGUCAAAAGAGGAUUUGAGUUUACAUUAAUGGUUGUAGGUGUGUAUUAUUUUUAAUUUCAUCUAUUCU